UCAAAAUCAGAACAUAUAAAAAUGAAGUUCGGAAAAGAAUUUUCGUCACAGAUGGUGCCUGAGUGGCAGCAGGCUUACGUGGACUACAAGUAUCUCAAAACCCUAAUCAAAGAUAUCAACCGCUUCAAACGCAAAACCAAUCCUCAAGGCCAUGAGAUGACAACGGCUCUGCACCGCACAUUCAGCGGUCAAAAGAGACAUGGCUUUGGCGGCGGUUGCGGUCAGAUCAGCCGCUCUUCGACAGUGGUCGACAUUAACGACGGAAUAACGACGGCGCCGAUUCAUGUGAGUUCUUCGGUGACUCACCAGUACGAGACGACGUUUUUUAUGACGGCGGAGAGAGGAGGAGAGUAUGAGUUGGUGUUUUUCCGGCGACUAGACGACCAGUUCAACAAAGUGGAGAAGUUCUAUAAAGAGAAAGCUGAUGAAGUGGUGAAAGAAGCGGCGGCGCUUAACAAACAGAUGGAUGCGCUGAUCGCGUUUAGGUUUAAGAUGAAGGAGGAGCGUACGGCGGAGAUGACUCUUAUGGCCUCACCUAAUGCGGUUUCUCCGGCGGAGCUCGCCAAAACGUCUAAAGCUCAAUCUCCCACGGGUGUCAUAGAGGAAGGAGGCUCCAGUGGAGCUGGUCGAUCCGAUGAAAAUGACAAUAGCGUUGAAAAAGAAAGUUAUAGCAAAACAACACUCAAACCGGCCAAUGACAUGAGCAAGAUGAAAGAUACGACGAGACCAGCUUCGAUGGGAGUUCUAAACUCCGUCAGAAUCAGCUACACUAAGGGAACGCCUAGUUCCACCAUUAAAAGCGUUCUCAAAGUCUCGAACGAGCCAGAGCUCAUAUUAAACAGGUAUAAUCUAAGGAAAAUCGAGGAGAAGCUAAGCUGUGCGUUCGUAGAGUUUCAUCGGAAACUAUGGUUUCUUAAAAGCUAUAGCUUUUUGAAUGUGUUGGCGCUUUCGAAGAUAUUGAAGAAGUAUGACAAGGUAACUUCGAGGGAUGCUGCGAAGUCUUACAUGACAAUGGUUGAUAACUCUUGCCUUGGAAGCUCUGAUGAGGUUAUGAGACUCCUUGAUCAUGUUGAAACUACAUUCAUAAAGCAUUUCACAAAUGGCAACAGAACAAAAGGAAUGAACAUCUUGCAACCUAAAGCUAAAAGAGAGAGACACCGACUUACAUUUUCCACAGGUUUCUUGGGUGGAUGCAUGUUUUCCCUCGUUGUGGCUCUUGUCGCUAUCGUUCGCACCCGAAACAUCUUACAAGAUGAACGCCAGGAACUGUACAUGAACUCAAUGUUUCCUCUUUAUAGCUUGUUCGGAUUCAUCGUGUUGCACAUAAUUAUGUAUGCUGCUAAUAUUUAUUUUUGGAGGCGGUAUCGAGUAAACUAUUCCUUCAUAUUUGGAUUCAAACAAGGAACUGAACUCGGCUACAAACAAAUACUAUUCGUGGGAUUCAGCAUUGGUGCGCUUGCGCUUCUUUGUGUCCUUGCCAAUCUUGACAUGGAGACAAACCCCAAAACUAAAGAUUACCAAGCAUUAACUGAACUCCUUCCUCUUUGCCUCCUCAUUACUAUGCUCAUAGUUCUAAUCCUACCAUUCAACAUUUUCUAUCGAUCAAGUCGCUACUUCUUUCUGAAUUGCCUAUCUCGCAUUCUUGCUGCUCCUCUUUGCAAGGUGACAUUACCCGAUUUCUUCUUGGCAGAUCAAUUAUGUAGCCAAGCGCAAACUCUUCGAAGCAUUCAUUUCUACAUAUGUUACUACGGUUGGGGAGACUUCAAACAAAGGCAAAACACUUGUAGAGAGUCACGAGUCUUCAACACUUUCUUAUUCAUUGCUGCUGCCUUCCCAUUCGUUUCUCGCUUCCUUCAGUGCAUGAGGCGAGUGUUUGAAGAGAGAAACAUUGAACAAGGGUAUAAUAGUUUCAAGUACUUUUUAGUAGUAGUUGCUGUUUGCUUAGGGAUGGCUUAUGAAGUUGAUCGAAAGAAAGAUCGUCAAACUAUCUGGAGAUGGUCAGGUGGGGUUACUUCUGCCAUGGCUGUGGUUUUCUGUACGUACUGGGACUUGGUUCAAGACUGGGGACUUCUUAACCGAACAUCUAAGAAUCCGUGGUUACGUGAUGAACUCCUAGUACCCCACAAAGAAGUUUACUUCAUUGCCAUGAUCUUGAACGUGGUGCUGAGAUUUGCGUGGCUGCAAACAGUGCUAGAUUUACAAUUUGAGUCAAUUAACACACAGGCGGUGAUUGCCUUUGUUGCAAGUCUUGAGAUCAUUCGUCGUGGGAUAUGGAAUUUCUUCAGGUUGGAGAACGAACAUUUAAACAAUGUCGGGAAGUUUAGAGCUUUCACGACAGUUUCAUUACCAUUCAACUACGAGGAAGACCAAUAAAUAUUGUGUGGCCUUAAUUAGUGGUAAGUUAAUCGGCUUAGCAUGAUAUCGCCCAUUUGUAUUACUAGUCAGUACUAGGUUAAGAUGGAACCAACAUUAA